AUGUGACUGGUUGAAUAACGGGCUCAGACUGUUCGUAAAAAGUUUCCAAACGAGAAGCGAGUCUGGUUUCACCUUCUGGAUUUCAUGAGCUGGUUUUCUUUGGCACGAGGAGACCGGAAAUGGGCUGUUCGCUUUGGAGAGGAGAGGAGAGGCUGGUCCCCGCGUGCAGCGCUCGCCCAGACCCGCUUUUUUUGCCUUUUUACGCGCGCCGGUGCGCUACAGCAGCGUCUCGCGACUAUUAAACAACAGCAAUAACUAUGCUUAGCAGCAGCCGGUGACUUCCGGUCUCGAGGCUCCGAGCCCGUGACCAUCCGCCGGUCUUUGUUUACGUUCUGUAAAACUCGCACAACGGCGCGCGCUCUAAGGUUUAAAACUUAACAACAACAACAACAACAAGGAGCCUCUGCUGGAAUGAUGCUCGCGCUCAUCUUCACCUGCCGCGCGCUGCUCCUCUUCCUGUUCUCAGAGUCCGUUCAGACCGAGAAAACGACGCCGUUCCUCAUCGCAGAGAACAUGUGGCCCCAGGGCUGCGUCCUGGACUGCCAGAGGGGGCGCCACCGAGCCGUGUGCGGCAGCAACGGCAGGUUGUAUAAGUCGCUGUGCGCCUUCCAGAGAGCGCAGUGCGUCAACGCACAGCUUCGCCUCGCACCACAGGCGCACUGCUCAGAUCCGAUGCAGACGAAGUGCCAGCUGGUCAGGGCUCAGGGCCUGGAGGCCCGAGCCCAGAGCCGGGGCAGCCACGUCAGCCACGUCAGCCCUGCAGCUGCCAUCUUUGUGCCGGAGUGCGGCCCUGACGGACACUUCCUGCCCGUGCAGUGCCACAACCAGACGGGAUACUGCUGGUGCUCCAUGCCUGACGGGAAACCUGUCAGCGGAACCACCGCCCUCCAUCAGAUCCCCAACUGCACUGAUCACAUCACCGCGUUGGCUCAGGCCACGGAUGCCGACUCGGCUCUGCUCAGAGAUGAAGCUGAUGAUGCUGCGCCUACGACGGAGCCCAGGAAACCUACAGAGCUGACGGCUCCUCCUCUGUGGGUGACCAUCCUGAUGAACUCUGAGCCCAAAACAAACCGACGUCCCACCGACGUUCCUCAGACGUGUGAGCGUGAGCGAGCCAUGCUGCUCUCUCAGACCCGUCCGGGCCGGAGGGAGGAGCGUUUCGUCCCAGAAUGCACUGCAGACGGUCGCUACAGCCCCGCGCAGUGUCACGCUGCCACAGGUUACUGCUGGUGUGUCCGGGUGGAGAGCGGCCGGCCGCUGCCAGGCACCUCCGCACGGAAUCGUAUCCCAGACUGCACUGGGGUAGACACCAGGUACCCAGAGAAACCUCUUCCAGGGUGUCCUGGACCACGGAAGAAGCAGUUCCUGCAGAGUCUGAUCAGAGCUCUGCAGCUGGAAGCAGAGCAUGCUGGGAGUCUGAGUCACUACCUAGCCUCGAGCACAUCUCCGUCCGACUCUUCACCAUCUUCAAACGCUCCCUCCUCCUCCUCCUCCUCCUCCUCCUCCUCCUCCUCCUCGUCUUCGGACGUUGCUCCUUCUGCUGCCCCGGAGGCCGAGGACUCCUCCAGGUCGGAGGCCGUGUUGCGUUAUCACUUCGGUCAGCUGGACGUGGACUCCAGCGGGCUGCUCAGCGAGCGCGAGGCUCGACCUCUGCGUCAGUUCCUGCGACGGAGGCUGAAGCCGCGACGUUGCGCCAAGAAGUUUUCCCAGUACUGCGACCGGGACGGAGACCGAGGCCUGACGCUGGACGAGCUGAGGGUCUGUCUGGGCCUCUGAGGGAAGCUACACCCAGGAAGAGGAGGAGAUGGUGCAGACGAGCAGGGACAUGGAGGAAAGGGAGGACGGAUCCAGAUAAGACGGAGCUGUGUGGUUUGGAGCUGCUGAUAUGAUUCACAGAUUGGUGCUGCACAGAUGCAGCAGGGACAUUAAACCAACACGUGUCCGGUGCAGAUAGCAGAGACCUCCCUCCACGGAGACUCUGAACGUCUUUCUUUGCUCUCUUUCAGAGUCACAUGACCUCAGACCAGACGCUGCCUCCUCUGCUUCCUCCUCACAUCCAAACUCCACCCGAUUAAAACACACAAAUGUCGCGUUCACAGUCACAUGAACGGUUUGAUGUUUCACCCUCAGUAUCUGAGUUAAUCCAGGAUUCAUCUGCCCUCACACUCUCCUCCUUUAUCUUCUUUCUGUUUAUUUGGUCUCAUCUCUUCUCUCCUUUGACGUCUUUUCUGAAUAUGACUCUUCCUUUUUUCUCCAUCUCUUUAGGUACAUAUACGACAUCUCAGAGCAGAGACACUUCUGCUGCUUGUACUUUAUUUAUUUGGUCACUUUGUUCCCUCAUUCUCACAUCUCUUCUCUUAUUUAUCGUUUUUUAUUUUCAUUAUUUCAACAGUAACAACAUUGUCCAUUGCUUUUCUCUUUCAUUCACAGCUACUACAGCUGCAUUAAUGAGGCUAAAAGAAUAAAAUAAAAUACAAAAUAAUGAAAAAUAAACAACGAUAGACGCAGAAGAUACGUCCAUACAUGUUUGAUACAAUGAAUCAAUAAAACAAGUACUGCAAUAAAAGAGACACUUAGUUAACAAAUAGAAAGACUAAAUAUAAUAGUAAUAAAACACAAAAAUAUAAAUAAGUAUUAUUAUUAUUAUACUUUAGCUAAAGACUUGCAUCUCUCCACUUAAAAAACCCUUUUCAGGAAGUAUUUGCCCCACUUUGCUUCAUACAGGUCCAAUCUACUAAUUGUUUAUAUGACAUUUUUGCAAAAGCUGCAACUCGUCUCCACAGUCCACUCUUGCACUAGAAAGAAGCUAGAUAUUCUUAUAUUCAAUCAAAUCAUCUUGUAUUUAGAAAAGAAAAAGCCAAUGGGUGAAGCUUUGUUUGCUUGACAGAAAGUCUUAGAAUAAGUUCUUGUCUCUGAAUAAAAUAUAAGAUGUAUUUCUUUGAUACAAGAAUCUUUUACUUUCUUCUGUAGUUUACCUGUCUACACAUCAUAAUACUGGUUUGGAUAAAUCUUCUAAUAUGUUUGUGUCAGAGCUUUCCAACCUUCACGUUUCUUUUUAUCUUAGAAUCUCCUCUCUCCUUUACAAACCGACCUCCUUCCCUUCUUGUUGUAAGGAGACGUAAAAUUAAAUGGUUUAUUUUGGUCCAACAUGAGGAGGAGGUGGAGGAGGAGAAGGAGGAGGAGGAGGAGGAGGAGGAGGAGGUGGAGGAGGAAGAGCAGGAGGAGGAGCAGGUGGAGGAUGAGUGAAUGAAUUUCCUCAGAGAACUGUUGUGAGUGGACAGAGUGGGACAGAGACCAGUAGAGGAGGCUCAGACCGUGUGGACAGAUGUUCCUCAUCAUCACAUUAAUAUGAAAACAGUUUGAUAUUUGUUAGACAAUGUUUCAUUUUACAGCUCCAUCCAGAUGUUUGUGACUGUGAUCUCAAUAAAACCACGUCCUCCUCA